CGCUGCCGCCGCCGCCGCCGCCGCCGCCGCUGCCGCUGCUGGGUCGUCGUCACUUCGGCUGUCAACCCGACAACGACGAUACGGUUGCCGUCGUCGGCACCGCCGCCUUUGUCGACCACGUGUGUGUCCAUUAGUCAUACAGGUGAGUGUGUGUACAACACGUUUUGAAUUUCUUUUUUCAUUUAAUCGAGUUUUUACAUUUUUACCGCGUAGAUCCAAUUAUUAUUAUGAUAUAAACAUGAUGGCGAUUCGUUUUACCGGAAACCAGUGUAAGCUAUUAAUUCCUUAUUCGUUGGUAAAAAAAAAAAAAAAAAUAAAUAAAUAAUAAUAAUAUUAAUAAUAAGAAACGUCGUAUAAUCGAGUGCGUCAGUAAAUUUUGGCAUGCCCAUAUCGUAGUAUCUUGUUAGCGAGACGGCGCGUUUUUAAAGUUAAGAAAUAUCUAACAGCUAUAUUCCUAUAGUUGAUGACCGAACCAGCAUCGCGUUACGGUAUCAAUCACGUAUUUCCAGACGGGCCAAUAGGUAUAAUUGUUAUAUCAUAAAAUGUUAAAAUAUAAAAAUCUACGAGAAAACGUUACAUACUUAUAUAUUAUAUAUUAUCGUGACAUGUGGGUAUUGUUUUUCUAAACACGUCGCAAACGGCUGCAUCUGAGUUCCGUCCCAAUAACCUAUACCAAUCCCGUCCCUGAUAAAAAGAAGUUUAAUUAAAAAAUCACCAUAUCAGUACAAUCAAAAAUAAUAAAUUCAGACACGCGGAUACAUAAAUAAUGACUGUAAAGUUUGAAAGUAAAAUAGUAUUAUCUUUAUUUUCAAAUAAUAAAUACAGUAUUAUUAAAUUCGAUUAUUUAGUGUGGUAAUUAAAAACAAUAUUAUCUCUAAAUUAUUAUUUAAAAAUUAUCUCUAAAAUUAUUUCUAAAUAAUAUAAAAUUGUUAUCGUAUUCGUACAUUUUAUACUUUAUUAAUAUAGUGUAGAAAAUGCGAAAAGGGACGGAACUCGUACGACCAAUUAAAUUACAUGGGAUGGAAUUUAAAGCUACACUUUAAAAUCCCGAGACAAAACUGGAAUAUCCUUAAAUUUAAAUUUUACGUUUGGGACGGAACUCGGAUGCAGCCGUGCAAACUCGUCAAAUUCGUUUAUCGUCGUUUAUCGAGUUCGCAUUAUUUUGUCGUAGACUUAUUUACUUAUUCACGUUAUUUAUCCGAAUGUUUAUAGUUAAACCUGCUUAAAAAAAAAAAAAAACGACUUGGGUCUAAAAAAAUUUAUUUGGAAAAAAUAUCAAAACAUUACUUUUAACCAACCAAUAAUAUUUGGUGAUGAAACUCAGAUGCUUAAUAAGUGAGUACUCGACGAUAUACGCAAUUAGAAAAAUUCUGACAUACUUCACAUGAUGGGUGGGUCAAUAUUGUAAGCGAGAAGUUGGGUAGGUGGGAUAUACAGGUGAAUUUAAUGUAUACCUUUACGCAAUGAGUAAUCACUACUCACGCAAAAAAAUAUAAGCGGAAUUAUAUUUACAUUUCGUAAAUUUUCCUGAUUUAUUUUCCAUUUACUAUAAAAACCCCUAGGAAAAACAUAAAAUGGACUACCCCAGUCCGAUUUUCUACCAGGAAAAGUGUAACACUUAAAAAUCGGAGCAAAAUUUAUAGUUGAAAAAAAAACAUCGUUGUAAAACUAAUACAUUCCUCGCUCCGCUCAGAAUCUGACAAAAAAAAAAUCACUACAUUACACUCUAAUUUUUACUUUUUACCACAACUUAUAAUGAACCUGCUUCGGUUAACUUUUCAAGCAUUUGUGUUUGUACAUACAAAAUUAAGAAAAAAGUUUCUUAUCAUUUUUCGAUAGGAGCUAGUUUACUGUUCGAAAAGUUGUUUACAGAUGGAAAAAAUGUUUUUUUAAAAAAACUCUCAUCGUAAUAAAACUUAUAGAUUCCUUUUUCUGCUUCAAAUCUUAAACGCGUGGUACAAUAAAUCUUAUAGAUCCCUCACUUCGCUCCGAAUAUAAAAUGAUCCUGCUGUGGGAUCGGAAAGCGCGUUUGGAAGUUCAAACUUUUUUGUCAUUUCUACAAUCCGUGAUUUUCCGCGUUUUCGCUUACCUGAAUUCUGUACAUGGGUUCACAUUUAAGGUUUCUUCACCAUAAAUUUCACUGAUUUUCAUUCUCGAAAACACAUAGUCAACCUUAACAUCAUGUGUUUAUCUAUAAUAUGUUUACCUAUUCACCAAUGUUACGACAAAAAGAAAAGAUAGAUUACUCCAAUAAAAUGAUUUUACAGUCGUCUUCGAAUGAAAUAUAUUUUUUUUUUUUAAAUAUUCUAAUAGAAUUUUAAUGUUGCGUCUAACCAUACAAAAAAAAAAAACCAAAUUCCACGUCUUAACUAAUUUGUAAAUACUUUGUAACUUAUUUAUCAAACCUUUGGUUUGGCGCAAGAAGGCCGACCAAUCAUCAAUUUUCAAUUUAUUUUUCUUCUACGUUGGCCUUUCUUGCACAAAGCCACAGAAAUAGUGGGUUCGGUUAAAAGGAUGCAUAUUAUAGGUACAUUUAUUUUGGUACACAGCAACUUUUCGUCCAACAGAACCCGUUCGGCGCUGUUAGUCAAAGUGAAUGUCCAUAAAUAAUGGGCCUCUAUUGUCAAACUCAACGGCGGUGUACUAUAAAUAGAGAAGAUCGGGGUGAAAAUAAAAUAUAAAUAAUCGUAAUAAUUUUCAUUUGCGGUAGGUGAUUUCGUAUCCGCAGUAUUGACAAUGUUGAGCCCGAAGAUGCAGAGAUGCGUCCGGGUCGUGGACAAUCAAUUGCUGAUGUUGUCUGACCGCGCCCGCACUGAUAGCACGCUCACCGGGAAUCUUCACAAAAAAGCAUCGGACAGCGGAAGAUGGAAAAACCGAUACUUCGUACUCUAUCAGGUAUGCGAUUAUAAUAUUAUACAGUUUCGCUCUUUCCUAUAUAUAGUUAUUGCUAAAAAAUAAUAUGUGUGCGACAAUUAUCAAUGAUUCGAUUAUAAUAACGCGAUUGCAAAUUAAUUUCGCAUCGUUCAAAUACAUUUUAAUAAUCUAUAAUCUGUAUGCGCGAUACUAUAUUAUUCUGCCCGAAUGAAUGUAGAGAAAAAAAUGAUGGGGAUGGGUGCAGUCACUGUUAUAGGUAAUUCAGUGUAUACCUGUAAGCAACGGUUGCUAACGAAAAACCUAUUCUGAGCGGAGUUCAGUUAAUAGUGAUGCUUUGUCAACAAUAUAUAUUAAGUGUUAUUAUAGUAAAAUAACUACACAGCCGUUAUACGAUUUCCUUUAACAAUAUUUGUUUAAUGAACUGAAUUCCCGUUUAUCCUCGGUUUUUUUUUUCAGUUUUUCACAUUUAAUGAGAAAUUCCCGAGAAAAUCGAAAAACGACCUCCCUAAAGUACCUCCCCAGUCCGAUUUUCUUUCUUUUGGAAAAAUCGCUGCACUUAAAAAUCGGAACAAGAUUUCCGGUAGGAAAGUUGCGCACAGAUAAAAAAAAAAAAACAUCUUCGCUCCAUUUAUAAUCUAAAAAUAAUUAUAUACAUACAGUAUUUUCGUUUUAAACUUAUUAUAUCGUUUGGAGUUUGUUUCGAGCGUUUUAAUAAAUUAUUAUUAAUACAUAUUAUUGUAGUAAUCGAGGGAAUAAAUAAAUAAUUAAUGGAACGAACUAAAGUUCGGCUUUGACGUCCGUCGAUUUAUUGAAAUUAUACAAUUUUAAAUGUCUACUUUAAUUUUUAUGAAUGUUUAAACCAUUUAAAAUAACAAUAAUCGUCUGAUCCCGUUGAACAUUGUCCAAAUUAAGAUUUUACAAUUUGACCAGAUACUGUGCAGUUCUGUACUGUUGAGAAAUUAUGGUUUUAAAUAUUAUACAUUUAUUUUCCGCGAAUAUUUCACGGAAUACCUAAAAUUAUAAAUUAAGAAUAACCGUUAGGAUAAUAAAUUAUAAUCGCUUUUUUUUUCUUUUUUUUUUCUUUAACGAUUGCGUUGUUUAACUUGUUAUUAUCCACGUCAUAAUUUUUUCAGAGUUUUCUGCAACAACAAUAUUUCUCCUGUAGACCCCUUAUUUUAAUAGUCGUUCCCAGUCUAUUCCCGUUAUUCUCGCCACGUUAGAAUUUAUAAAAUCUACUGGUUUCUUAAUUUAACAAAAUUAUUAUCGUUCUGUAUUUAUUAUUAUAAUUUGUUUUUCGUUAUACGUUACAUAAUAUUUGCACGGUUAUUUGUUUUACCUGUUGUUGUUGUUGUUUCUUUUUUUAUAAUAAUUAUUAUUAUUUCGUUAUACCUAUAAUUUUAGGUUUCUGAUGACAUAUUAUUAUAAUUUGUCUAGUCAUAAUAAUUAAAAUAUUUGAAGCUGAUAAAAAAAAAAAAAAAAACAACCUUUUCAAUAUAAAAAGACGAAUGGACGGUGAGCACUUGGAAACGAUUGAAAUUAAUAUCGUGAUGAUAAUAAUUGUUUGAUAAGAAACUGAAAGAAAUAUUGUCUUAACAAUAACAUUAUAAGGUUAUUUUAAAUCUCGCGUAAUUAUGAAAAAAUGGUCAGCGGAUUUUAAUCUGUACUAGCAUAAUGUAUAACUGCGGUAGUAAUUAAUACAUUAUUCUACGAAUGGUAUGAAUACUAUAGGUACGGCGUUUAAAAGCAUAUUAUGUACAUGAUACAGGGUGUCCCACGGAUAUCUGACAAACGAAAUAACUAUUGUUCUCUAAACAUACAUUUAAUACAUAUAUAUUAUAUUAUAUAUCCUGGACUUGAGUAAAAAGUGUCAAUGUCACUUUUUGGUUAAAAUGAGUUAUGUGGCUAAUCAUAUAAAAUUGUAUACGCUUUUUCUUAUGGUGAAAAGUCAUAUCUUAAUAAUCAUUAUUGUGAGAUUUAAGAAGACAUUUUUGUUAGUAAAAUGACUAUUGAACUAAAAUACUAAAAAUGUGUUUUAUUCUUAAUUUCUCAAAAGUGAUUAAAAUUAAGAUUAGCCAUUAUUGACUCGGAUGUGUUCUAAUAUUUUUAAGUGAUAUUUUUUGUGUUAUAAUCACUUGAGUCUUACAUCACAUAUUUUCGACCAGCGCUCGUGUUGAUAAACGCGACGAAUUGGAUGUCGAUUACGUUUAUUGAUUUUUAAAGAAAUUCCGACUUGCAGAUAAACUACAAUGAACAUAAUAAUGUUAUAGGAUUACUUUCGAGGGCAGGGUUUAAACAGGUUUAGUACAAUUGUCGAGCACAAUAAUUGUUUGUUUUUAGAUAUUAAAUAAAUAUGAUAAACUCAUAAAUAGGUCCCCAGAAGCUAAAUAUCUUAACCUUACAACUUUUCGGCCAUCCAAAAGUGGGAGAACCCGCCUCUUUUUAUUUUUUUUUGAGGGGGAGACACGACUAUCGAUGAUGUGUGUAAAAUACCGCGAGCAGACAGAAGUAAUCCUAUACUCUGUAGGCAUUUUGUCACAGAUUGAUAAUGAAAUAUGAAUAUCGCCACGGACAACCGUGUGUCAUAUGGACACGUUUCAUGCCGCGCGACAAAAAAUCGCUUCGUGUGAACCCGUUUUUUGAUACUGUCCAGUGUCCACGCACACGUCAUACGAUAAGUAUAAUAUAGGUACCUAAUAGAGUAAUAAUGUUCACACAGAUCGUCCAGUGUUGUCGGUUUCAAACAGAAAAAAAAAAGUAUAGAUUGGUACUUGGUACUUACCUAAAUUUUACGACAACCAGCCGCAGCCGCGACAACAGUAAUAAUUAUUGUCAAACUGAACUUAACACCACAGUAAAUAUAUGAUUCUGUACGUUUGUAAUUUUUUGAAGUACUUUUUUAUUCCGUAUGUUUGACGAAAAUAAGGUUUAUUUUUACAACCUGACCCUUAAAUUAGUACGGUUCCGUACAAAAAUGAGUGUAACGUUGCUAACGCGUACGCAGCCGGAUCCCACAACGUUUACACGUCAUAAAAUAUGCUUACAGUUUUUAAUACCUGCUAUACGUUCUAAACCCGCUGACCGGUAAAGCUACCGUGUGAUGAACGGUUUUUUUCCCCCGUUCUGCGCUUGAUGAAUACAACAAUGGCAAUCUAGCGACCACGAUCCAAGCUCAGAGGAUGUGCCAACACCAAGACAUCAUAUGAUGACCGUAAUAUAUUAUUUCCCCACAAAAUCCCCCCCCCCAAUAGAUGUCUACAUUUCUAAUAUAUUUAGGAUCAUUGUUUAUACAAUUUUGUAAUAUUGUUUAUAUAAUUAGUAUAGUUCCUAUGUCUUAUUAUUUUUGAUUUCUUUCUUAAGAUAGAAAAUUUAAUAUAAUUAGAAAUAUGAUUAGAUUUCUGAAAAGCUAAAUGAUAUAAUUUAUUUUCUUCAAUAAUACGUUUUAAUUCAUGGCUAAACCAUAAAAUGAAAUUAGAAUGAUUAGAUAAUGUAAAUGUUGAUACACAAUCAUUUAUGAAUGAAAAAAUGUUUGAAUAAAAUAAACUUAUAUUAGAAUUUAUAUCCUUAUUCUGAUAGAUACUGUUCCAAUUUAUAGCGCCUAUUUUAGUAGUAAUUAGUUUAUUAUUUGCUUUAUUCCAAUCAUACAUAGUUUCAUAAUGGGUUAGGUUAUUAAUACAAUGAUAGGGUGGAGAAUAAUUAGUAAUGCGUGGAGAGUGAUGUAAAUCAACAUUUACAAUAGGUAAACUAUUAAAUAAUAUAGUACAACAAUUGAAGUUUGUUUAUGACGUACUCAAGGAAAAUAUUAUUCUGAUUCAAAAAAUUAUUAAUUUGUUUAAAAUUUUAAAACGACAAAUCGUUAAAAAAAAAAAAAAGCAUAAUUAGCGUAGUGGAAAGUUGCCGAUGGUAGAUUAAAAUCGCCUAACAAUAGAAAAUAUGUAUUAGGUUAAUUAGUUAACAAUUCACCAGUAAUAUCCAAGUAUAAUUUAUACAAAUCUACCAAUGCACCAGUAGGAAAAUACACUGAACUAACAAUACAUAUCUAAAUAUAAAAGUAUAAUUUCUAAAGCACACAUGGAUAUAUUUAACAAUUGAAUCUAAUUUAUUAUUUACAACAAUGAGGACACCACCUCCUCUAGAGAGACUACUAGUAUUAACAUUUCGAUCAUAUCUAUAAGCAUUACAAUUAUUACAUUUGUGAAUAAAUGAUCGAGUUUUGGUCGAUUGUCGGAUUAUCGUACCCACGUCCCACUAUGUACAAAUGCUAUUUGCUUUCUGUGAGUCUAUUUGCAGACUUAACCUUAAUGUUUUGUACAAUAUCUAUACUUAUACCCUGCACCACCAACUUAUUAGAAUUAUAAUUCGUAAUAUGGAUAGUAGAUACCUCUAACUACACACUUGUACGUAUUUACAAUGUUUUUUUUGUGAAGGUGUUUUUAAUAAAAAAAAAUACGGGCUUGGUUGGAAACCGCGGCCCCUAGGCCCUCCUGGAGACGCCUCUGUUCACCAGUUUAAUCAAUGAUAAAAUUAGAUAACUUUUGAAACCAUGGAAAACAAAAAUAUUAUUAGUUAACAUUCAAAUAAGUUUUGUUAUUAAGCAAUAUGACCAUCAUUCAAUGAAUAUUAAACUACUCAAUUUGGCUGUUAUCUUCUAUAUUUUAACAUUCUACAAUGUUAACAGUGGAACAGAUGCAACUAUUAUAAAUAAUUGUAUAUAUACCUGUAAGAAACGAUAAGCCAUUGCUUAUAAACAAAAUUCUGAGUGAAGUUCAGUUGAUAAUGAUGCUUUGUCAACAAUAUAUGUCAUACUAUAGUAAAAUAAUUAAAUAAACUUUAUAUAUUUUCUUUACUAAUAUUUGUUUAAUGUUGUACCGAUUUUCCCAGUUUUUCUACGUUUUUCUUCUGCUGGGAAAACUCUUAGGAAAAUCGAAAAAAUGACCUCCCUUAAGUACCUUCCCAGUCAAAUUUCAGAAAAAUUUCUAUCAUUAUAAAUUGGAGCAAAAUUGCUGGUAGAAAUUUUGUGCACAGAUCAAAAGAAAGCCGUAACAUAUUUUAAUUAAUACCUUUUGCAUUUCUUAUAUAAUCCCGUUUUUCCUCUUCUUUUUUUUUCUGUUGUUCAAAUUUGAUGAGAAAAAUCUGAGCAAGUCCUCUGAUAGAAAAGUUACGCACAGAUAAAAAAAAAAAAAAACAUCUUUGUAAAACUAUAAGCUUCUUCGCUCCACUCAGAAUCAAAAAUAGCUUUAUGGUCAUAAUAAUAAUAUUAAACAAUGCUCAAAUUGUCUUAUCGCAUCAGAUUGUUUGGAAAUUAGAUUACAAUAUGAAACGACGAUCGCAAUGAUAUGAUUCAAGUAUAUAAAAACACAUUGGAAAAAAAACUAAUUACAUACUAUCGAAUAUUUCAGACACGGUUAGUGUGUAAUUAGAUAUAUCUACUAUCUAUACAACGAAGUAUAAUUAUUCUAAUAAGUUGUUGAUGCAGGGUGCGAGUUUAAAUAUUGAACAAGUCAUAUUAUAAGCAAACAGACUCACAGGAAGGAAAUAGUAUUUGUACAUAGUGGAACGUAGGUACGAUAACCCGAAAGUCAAUCAAAACUCGAUAGUUUAUACAAAAUUUAAAAUAUUAAAGAGUGUCUAUAAAUAAUUGAAAUUUAACGAUAAACCAUUAAAAUUAUAAGAUUAUCUAUAUGAAAACAUCAACGUUGUCAGCGUGAUAAAUGACUGUAAAAUUAUAAUACUAUGAAUUAAGUUGAAAAUUAGCGACAGCGAUAACUCGGGUUUGGAGCUAACACAAAUUUUUAUUUUUAUAUAUUCUGAAAACACUAUUUGAGCACUCAAAUUUGUUGUUAUAGCGGGAAUUAGUACUUUAAAUUCUCCCGCAGCGUGAAGUUAGCAAGAGAUUUUUAUAAUCGUGGAUAAUCGAUGGCAGGAUGAAGCACUUAUUUUUUUUGUACAUUCUAAAAGCACUAUAAUUGAACACUAAAAUGGUAGUAUCGCGGGAAUUAGUGCUUUUCAAGUUCUCGCUAACUUCACGAAUCUUUGCAUUUGUCAGAUCUCCAUGAGGCACCCUAUGUAUGGAAAUUCUCAUUUUUACGUUUUUAUAUGAACAUGCUCAACAAUAUGGUCUAUAUAACGUUUUAAACUUGUAAUAAAUACUUAUAAUUAUAAUUAUAGAGGUAACAUAGCUAUAAUAAAUUAUUUCUACCAACAUUUACUGAAAAUUGAUCAUUUGAUUAAAAUAUUCUAAAAAUAAUUAUAUUCGUGUAGUUUAUAUAUAGGGAAUCUAUACACAUUCAGUUGAUUCUUUAUGUGUAUACUUUUCGAACCGGGUAAAUUAAAGAUAUAUAUAAACAAAAAGUUUUUUUUUUUUGAAAGCCGAUUAUAAUUUUAUUUUAUUUAAUCAGUGGUAAAAUACGAUAGUUUAAUAUUAUAUUAGCAUAGCGUAAUAAUUGUUUUCCAAGUUUGAAACGAUAGCUUUGCAUAUUUUUAUCCCUUUCAAGAAUCGAGUUAUUGAAAUUUCGCGAUUCAUUAAUAUUAAUAUUCUUUUAAACUCACCUCUCCACUAAAUAUUCCUUAUCCGUUGCACGAAUAUACUCCUGUUUUCCAUGAGGGUUUAUCAACUCUAGCUAAUAGAAGAAUAGACAAUAACCAGUGGCGGCUCGUGGGUAAAAUAAUUGGUGAUGCACAUUGAAAAAAUUGUAUACAAUAAUUACAGUCGAUCUAGAAGACAAGAACUAAAAUUAAUAUUUUUUUUAAAUAGGAAAUUCUUAGAUAGAAAUCUACAAUAUAUUAGGGAAUUAAUACGUUUGUUUUUGUUACAUUACAUUAAAUAAUAUUAUUUAGGAUUAUUUAGGGUCAAGUCUGUAUUUAAUAAAAUAAAAUAAAAUAUUAAAAAAAACCAAUUGCAGUUGACAACUGUAAAAGUCUGUUUACUAUUUUAUUACAUAAUUUGAUUCCUCGUUUUAAAAUAAUCUAUUACUAUAUUUAUUAUUGUAUAAUAUAUUAAUAUAUAUUUAAUUUUCAUAUUCGAAAACGAAUGAAACAUCGCAUCUUUGCAUAGAUAUUUUAACAUCUGCAAUGCUAAAGAAUGUCUAUAUUAAAUUCCUUUAAAAAUUCCAAAGUUGCUUAGCCUCGUUCAAAGAAAAACAUUCUUUCGCCAUCAGUUAAAAUAUGUGCAGCUUUCAUACUAAACAUUUAAUAGAGUAAUAAUAUAAGGACAAACGUUUCGUAUUAAAACAUUUUCGAAGUUAUCAUAUAUAAUGAAGUUAUCGCAUAUAAAUGUAUACGUUUUUAGAUUCGGAGUGAGACCAGGGAUCUAUUAUUAGUUUUACUAUAUUUUAUUAUUAUUAUUUUUAUUUUUAUGUCAUUUUUAUAUCAAGUAUAGCACCUUUUCUGAAAUGUAAUUUUAUCUUGGAAGUGCAUUGGAAAGAUCAUUUUUUAAUUUUUUUAAGGGGUUUUCAAAAUAAUGGGGAAAAAUCCCGAAAAAAAAUUAUAGAUAAACCGGAAAAUAUUUAGGGUUUGCUGUGGUGUCACCGUUUUAAUUAUUUUUAAUUUUUUCAACUUGUGUUUUCUACCAGAAAUAUUGCUCCUAUCCAAAAAUGACGAAAGACUGAUUUAGUUCCUUUUAACUUACAUAUAGCCAGUGACAGAGAAAGUAAUUUUUUGAUAUCUAGAGAAGCUUUCAUACAAAUUGGGAAAAACCAAACAUUUAAAUUGAUUAAUACAGGUUUGCCCGAUUGCGGUCCAAAUUUAGGUAGUCCUAUUUUAUCCUAUAAAUAAAUAUCUCGAUUGCGUUCCAAGACAUAUUGGUUCACAAAAUACUAAAUAGAGUAUAAUCGUGUAAAUAAAUAAAACACAAUUUCAUAUAAAUAUACUGAUACAUUUUUACAUUAUUUACAUUAUAAUUGCUAUUUAAACAUAUCAUAGAUGUCGAAUUAUUAAAAUUUACAGUAAACAUAUAGGUAAUGUAAAAUAUAUAAAUAUUGUCAGAUUAAAAUUACAUAAAAAAUUUGGAAAAAAAAAAUUGAUUAGGUUGAUUUAAUUGUUGGUUAAAUAUCUUUGUUUUAUCAUCUUUAAUAUAUACUGGAAAGCACUAUUUGCGACAAAUAUGGAAUAUGGGUAGCUUAUUUAAAGCACUGUAUUAUAUUUAUAUAAAAAUAAUUUGGACGCAAUCGGGGUUACUUAUUUAAUUUUAAUAACCACUGAAAACGGUAUUUCUUAUCUACUUUGCACUGGCCGCAGUGGGGAUAUGAAAAAGGAAAAAAGGUAACUUUAGGCUACAAUCAGAAAACGUCCGAUUAAUAUUUACAGCAACGUGGCGUCUCUGUUUCAUUAUUUUAAUUUAUACAAACGAUGUUUUCUAAAAAUCUAAGAAAUCUUGCCCUAAUUGAAAAAUGACAUUAAGAGACCUUUUUUUUUAAAUUUUUUAUCUAGUUGUUAACCGGAAAAGGCGCUUUUUGAUUUGUUUGUGUAGUUUGUUUUAAUAAUUGAAUAAAACCUAAAAAUACAUAGAAAGAACCGGAAAUUGUACAAAUACAAUUAUUUUAUUAUACUAUAUUUUGUUUUUUUAAUGCAAUUCAGUUAAAUAUAUUCGUAGAGACUUGAAAUUUAGACAGGUAACUUAGAUUUUAUUUUUUUAGACGUGGAAAAACUUUCAAAACAUAUGAUAUAUUUUUGAGCUAUUUAUAAACAUUUAAAUUUUAUGAGUUUUGUACGUAAUUUUUAUUUGGUACUCUGUGUAUACAAUUGUUAGACUAAACAGAAAUGCUUAGCAAAUUUAACAAGAGGUAUAUUGUAAAUCGUACGUAGUGGUAAAAAAAAAAAAAUUAUGUGUUAUGUAGUAAAUUUUUUUUAUUAGAGUUAAAAUCAAUUUUUGAUGAAAAUCGUAAAUUGUACGGCAUUUCAAAACAUGUAUUACCAAACUUCACACUGAAUAUUUUUUCGUUAGCAAUGAUUUAUUUUGUCAUAGGUUGUCACAUACUAAUAUGUAAUAUAAAUAUUGUUUGGACGAACUCACUAUAAUUAGGAAAAGUUAAACCAAGAAAAAGUUACAUUAUCUAAACAAUUAUGUUUACGGAACAAAUUUGUAUGAUAAUUGCUAUUGUAACGCGACCCUUUUAAUGGCCCCAACCGGUGUUUCUGCAAUUAAUUUUAAUAGAUAGUCACUGUAUAUCUGGUUUCAUCUCUGCAAACUUAUUCCUGCUAAGGACUAGUUAAGAAAAAUAAGUAACGAUACAAAAAUAUUACCAUGUAGAUUUCAAGAAGAAUUUCAAAAUAUUAAAUUCGUUAAAUAAUCAAUAGAACAAAUGUAGUACGUUGUUCUUAAAUCCAAAAUAGACAAAAAAAAAAAAAGCCGAUAUUAUACUUUUAACAACAAAUGAAAUACUCCUAUAUUUUUUUCGGUUUUUCCCUAUAUUUUGACAAUUCCUUGAAUUCCUGGAAAUAUUGCAAAUCGUUAUUUUAAUUUUUAGUUUUAAAAUUUAAAAAAUGUAUACCUACCUACAGUAGAAAGUCGAUUAACCGUCACUCUCUGUUAUCCGUUAUCAGUCACCGUCUUCCUUCUUCAUAAAAUACGAAACAUAUUGCCGCUCAAAAAGAUCAUACCUCAAAAUAAAAAAAGAGCUGAUACUGGGGAUGGAAGCGGCCACUGUUGUAGGUGAGAAGUUGGGAAGGUAGGAUACAUAACGUUAUUUCAUUAAUAUCUGUUAAUAUCAUUAAUAUCAACGAUAAACCAUUGAUUGACGAAAGACAAUUCCAAGCACAGUUUGAUAAUUCAUAAUUUGAAGUGCCGUAAUUUUUUUUUUGCGAUUUUCGUUUAAAUUUGAUUAGAAAACUCUUAUUAAAAAUAAAAAAAGUCGUCCGAAGAUUUUUGGAAAUUUUACCACGUCUAAGUAAGUCCAACAUAAGUAUUAUUACCAAGUUUCAAGUCUCUACGUGUAUUUAUAACCAAAUUACAGCAAGAAAAUCUCAAAAAUUAAAAUUCCUUUAGAGUUUAAAAGUUGCUCAAAGGUUUUGGCAAUGUUUUAAAAGAAGUUGCUACAUCUAAAAAUCGGAGUAAGUUUACUAGGAAAAAAGGUGUCCACAGACUAGAAGAAAAAAAAAUAAACAGCUUAGUAAAACCAAUAGCUCCCUCGCUACAUUUGGAAUCUAAAAAAAACAGAAGAAGAUGACGGAUUAUUUUGUUUAGUAUUUUUAGUAUAGUAUAAUUUUUGUUAUUAUUAUUUCAUUAUUUUUGUUUGCAAAUACACACGUUUUAAAAUAUAUACGUUUAUUGCAAAAUUUCUGUUAACCGUCCAUUUGAUUAACCAUCAUAGUCUCGGUCCCGUGACUGACGGUCAAUCGAGUUUCUACUAUAUUUUAAGUUUAUAUUUAUAAUAAACUAAUGCGAGAAAUCUCAUUUUGCGAGCGUGCUACAAUUCUGGUGUUUUUUUUAUAAUUAUUUACCUAUAUUUUAUUUUGCAUUUGUAAAUUAAUAUUUCAAUCGGUGAAUUAUAAUACAAAUUAAAAAAUUAAUUUAUCAAUAUUAAUAUUGAUGACCAUAGAAACUAAUCGAUAGAAUAAACAGACGUGAACGGUGGGACACGACGGACAUAAAUGGUAUCAGGUAUUUCCAUGGACGUAAAUAGGGUCCUCAAAUGAAUAGGGCUUGAGUCCAAAAGGACUAUUGGUCUAAAUAAUAAUAAAGGAAAAUCAAUACCGGUAAACAAAUACCAAAAUCAAAACAUGGUUUAUUAUACACACAUAUUUUAUACGUAAUGAAUUAUUAGUGAUAUUUAUAUAAUUGGACGAUGCGGCCUAAUUAUACCCGUCAUCCGCAUGGCUGCACGACGAUGAAUUUAGGUGACAGGAUAACAACUGAUCAUAGUUUAUGGAACAUUGUAAGUAGUGAUGGGCCCUACCAAGUGAAAACUAUCGAACUACUCGAUAGUUUAACACUUCCAAUUUACUCGGUUGUUUUUAAAAAUUCAAAACUAUCGAAACUCGGAUAUCGGACUAUUGAAUAGUUCAGUCUAUUGAUAAUAUCUAUUCAUUUGAAAAAUAUUAGUUUUUUUUUAAACUAUCAAUAGUCAAAACUAGUCGGUUCCGCCAAUUACUAAUUGAAACGUUAAAACAAAAAUCCAAUGAAAACUUACCUACAUAUUAUUACAAUUAUUAUAUUUAUAGCUAUUACCAUUGAUUAUACAUAUUAUAAAUGCGGAUUAUAUUUAUUAUAACAAAGAUUAUCUGUAUCUUCGGGAGGGCUUAAAAUGGUUCAGAGAGGGCUAAGCCCGCCUAAGUCCGCCUAAGUCCCCCCUGUUUACGUCCACGGGUAUUCCAUUCAUUUUAUGUACGUAUAAAAACUUAAACAACUUAUACCUACAUAAACCUAUACCUAUACCUUAUACCUAUAUAAAAUAAGUCUGAUUUAAAAAAACCUAUCCUAAGAUAAUGAGAAUGGAUGGAGCUACUAUUGUAGAUGGAAAGUUGGGAAGAUAGUAUGUAGACAAGAAUUUAAUAUAUAUAUCUGUAAGCAACGAUUAACCAUUGCCAACAAAAAAACGAUUAUGAGCCAAGUUCGGUUGAUAGUGUUGUCCUAGGUUUUUCCUAUUUAUUGUGAAAAUCAAAAAAUGACCUCCUUAAAUUACCACUCCAGUUAGAUUUUCUAUGCUAUUGUUGUAAAUCAGAGCGAAAUUUCUGGUAAAAAAGUUGUCCACCUUAAAAAAAAUAAAUAAACGUCAUUGUAAAACCAAUAACAUUCCUCGCUCCACUCAGAAUCUAAAAAUUAUACGUAAUUAUAUCAUUGGAAACAAAAUGUUUAAAUUAGUUUUUACUCCUUGAUUAAAAAUCUAUUUUUCUAUGACCAUUAAUGGUAAAAUUAAGAGAAGGAUUUAAAAUAAUUCAAUGCAGUUAUAAAUAUUUUAUUUGACAUUUUUCGUCUGUGUCCUGUUUAUUUUCAAACUAAAUUAUAAAUUUUAGUAAAUUUUGAAAAUAAUUAAAUAGAACAAAACUAUCCCAAGUCCUAUAAAAUUAUAAUUUAAAAUUGUGAGUUAGAUUUACAGAUCUUUCUGAAACUUGUUUCAUUAUUACUAUUAUUAUUUAUUACUUUUUAUUCUGAUUCGUAUAGUUUAAUUUACGACGCACUUCUACUAUUGAGUACCGAGGUUUCUUGAAAAAGCAACAAAUUUAGGUCAGAUUCAUUUGUAAGCCAGUUAAGCUAAAUAAAACGUAAAUAGACCAUUAAAAAAAAAAAAAACCAAGAAUGGGAGGAAAAGGAAUCGAAAUGAACAACCCUUUCGAUAUUGUUUGUAUAUAUUAUCAUAUCUUAAUAGGGGAAAGUAGCAGGUCAAUGGACAACAGUUUUAUUUGAUCAUCAAACUUCCAUUUACAUAUUUAUUUUUGAAAAUUUGAAAAAAGUUAACUUUUAAUUGAAAUAUGAAUGUGUAGCAGGGAUUCCAACCACUGAAAUUCUUUAGGUGAGUCGUAUAAUUUGUGUAACGAGUGCAGAUUAAAUGGCAUGUGAUUUCGUAGAAAAUUAACAUAAUUUGAAAAUAAUGAGUUUAUUAAUAUGUGCUCAAAUUCUACAACACACAUAAUAAGUAUUUAAUGAUAAAAAGUUUAUAAAUUCUUAUAGCUUCGGAAUAGCUAAGAAAGCGAUGUUUUAUUUUUACUAUUGACUACGUCAUGUGACUUACCAAAUAUUCAUUGUAUGCUCUGAACAAUAUUAAAAUUAGUAUUUUAAUAAUCAGAUAAAUAUCUAAUCUGUUUCAUUUGUUGCUAUUAUGUUAAAUUACGUAAGUAAUGCCAAAUUUGAACAUAAUAUUAAAUUUGGAACUAACAAAGUUUAUAUUAAAAUCGGCAAACGUUACUUUUUAAUUGAACAAGAUUUCUGGUAGUUAAGUUGUACACAAACACAAAAAUAAAAAUAGUUUUAAAAAUGCAUACGCAUCAGAAUUCAAAAAAUAUAUCCCUCAAUAUGCUAAAGAUCUUAAAAAAAAUACAAAUAUAUUAAUUUCUAUUUGUUUUAUGUAAACAUCUAUAAAAUUAUAAACCGUUCUAUUAAAUAAAAAAGGCGAAGGAGAAUCCUUGAUGUAUACGUCACAUUUUACCAAAAUAUGAAUUCCUAUAAUAUUAUUUUUUAAAUUUAAAUUUUUCAAGAGCAAGCAAAUGCAUUUAAACUAUUUAGAUUCUAAAUGGUUUUUAAAUUAAUUAGUUAUGUUCUAAAUUUUAGAACAUAACUAAUUAAAUAUGUGUUAUAGUGAAAAUUAAUUCAGUGGAAUGAACAGGAGAGUAAAUUUGUUAUCAAUAGUUUUACCUUUAAUCAAAUUAAUAAUAAGGAAUCUCUUAUAUUUCAGUGUAAUAUAUUAUUAUAAGUACCUAGACACAAUCUUCAAUUUUCAGUAAAACAAUGAUAACAAGAGGUACUGAAACUGGAGGUUUUACCUUAAACGACGGUGAAUGACUUUGUUAUAAUACGGGUAAUAAAAUAAAUGUUUAAUGAUCUAUAGCGCUAUAAUUUAUAUAAACAAUUUAAAUUUAUUUUGAAAUUAAAAAGUGAUAAACAAGUGAUAAGUAAUAUUAAAUUAAUAUACUUAAAACACGCAAAAUUUAAAACUUUAAUAAAUUACCUUCCUACGUAAUAAAUAUUAAUACAGAUAAAAAAAAGAGUUGAUACUGGGGAUGGAAGCGGCCACUGUUGUAGGUGAGAAGUUAGGAAUUUAGGAUACAUAAGGUUAUUUCAUUUAUAUAUGCAAGCAACGAUAAACCAUUGCUUGACGAAAGACGAUUCCGAGCGCAGUUUGAUAAUAAUACAUAAUUUGAAGUACCGUAAUUUUUUGUUUUGCGAUUUUCGUUUAAAUUUGAUUUCAAAACGCUUAUUAAAAAAAAAAAAGUCGUCUGGUCAUUUUGGAAAUUUUCCCACGACUAGAUAACUCCAAUAUAGGUAUUAUUACCAAGUUUCAAGUCUCUAUGUGUAUUUAUAACCGAAUUACUGCAAAAAACUCCCAAAAAUUAAAAUUCCUUAAAAGCUCAAAAGUUUUGUUGAUAAUACCGUUAGAAAGUAAAUCAAAAAUUCAACAAAAAAGAUAUCUUGUGAUUUUUCAAUUAAAUCAUUUUUUCUCAUAGAAAACGUCCGUGUUUUUAUAUUAAAUAAUGAAAUCGUAACAUUGUACGUUUUCCCACGUUUUUUUCCAACUUAUGUGCUUUUUUUAUUUGAAAAAUGGCGUUGAAAAUCUAAAAAUAACCUGCCCAUAGUACCAUCUAGAUAACUUGAGCUUUUAGAGAAAUUGCUACAUGGAAAAAUUGGAGCAAGUUCAUUAGGAAAAAAUGUAUCCACAGACAAGAAGAAAAAAAAAAUAAAUAAAAAUUUUAGUAAAACCAAUAGCUCCCUCGAUACGCUCGGAAUCGAAAAUAAAUGAAUGAUUAAAUAUUAUAGUAACGAUAUAUUAAAAUAAAUAAUAAAUACACAAUGAACGAAACAAGACCAUAUUUUUUUUAAAUAUUGUUACCGAAAUUAAUUAUAACAUCAUGAGAUCGUGAUACUACAAACAGCAUAUCGGUUUUACCAAUGACUGUCUAAACUAGUAUCUUUAUUGUAUAUGUAGAUUGAUAUGUAUAAUAUGUAUACAUAUUCCUACAGAUUUUUGGAUUAGUAAAAUUACGAGAUCGCAUUUUAUAAAUGAGAUAUUCGUAUUCUUCAUGACAAAUCGACUCAAUCUUUGCUUUUUUAUAGUAGAGUACUUAAGUCCGUUAUUUAGGUACAUUAUUUUUACAUAAUUCCAAUUAUCAUUAUUUUCUUCUUCUUCUUCUUUCUUUCCUCAAAGGCCGUUUAGUUCUGAUGAAUUACAAACUUUCUUUCGUCUUUCUUUGGCCAGCGUCAUCUUUAUGUAAUUUUUCACACUUCUAUUGUUAGAUUAUUUGCAACUUUAGUAAGAUUUCCGGUAUAAUAUAAAAAUCGAAAAAAUUAAAAUAAUAAAAUCAGGAAUGCCACGGCACGCCGUAAAUAUUAGUCCAUUAUUCCUAUAAUUUUUUCUCAAUUAUUAUGAAACAAAGAACAUAUUGUCUGGCGUCAGUAAACGAUUGAACAUUAUGAAUACGGAUAUUAUUGAAUAAAAAGUUUUUUUAAUCGUGAUUAAAAAAUGUUUCAGAAAUCCACGCGUGAUUGUUAAUUACUGUUUAAAGUCUGAAUAAGUAUCUAUCUUAUGUCUAUGGAUUUAGCCUAUAAUAUCAAGAAUAGAUUAUGUAUAGGUGCGGUAUACUCGUAGGUAAAUGUUUAGUAUGUUCAAGAUGUAAAUAUGAAUUAUUAUGUCCUUAAAAAUUAUAUAACUAUUUAAUUUAUUAACAUACGAGUAGGUACAUUGUUAUGUUAUAUAGCUAUUAUAAUAUUUUAAAAGUUCUAAAUAACGGACGUGUGUUAUGAACGAUAACAAAUAUUUAAUAAUAUGCCCGAUGUUUGGCUGGAUAAUCCGAAGCUUAUGGAAUCUAUAAACCCUAUUUAAUACAACACAAUAUGCGCAUAAUAAUUUCAUUUCAAAGGUUUAAUUCUAUUCAUAUAACAAUUUUUUUUCAUUGAAUGUGCUUUAUUUAUUUUCUCAAAAUAAUUGACAGUACAGUAUUUAGGUUUUGGAUUUUUUAAUCCUUUAGGGCUUGUAAAUUUCGUUGAUGUAUAAUUGUAAAUUUUUCAGAAUAUAAUUUUGAAUUAUAAUAUUAUACCAAUAUUAUCAAAUAUUCUGAUAUUUUAUACGUAUUUUAAAAAUUUAAAAAUCAUUAUUUACUAGGUACGAACUAUGAAUACUUUUCUUUGAAAAAAAAAAUAUAUAUAUAUAUAUUAUACAUUAAAUGAGAGUAUAAUAUUAUAAGGGUGGACAUUUUUUUUUGCAUCCAGCCAUACGUAGUAUCAGGUUUCUAUAUGUAUCAACAAAAAUCAUUCAAAGUAAUUUAGUAUUAAAAAUUUCCGCCAUAUUUCAUUACAUUUUUAUAAUGAAAGUAAGUUGGCUAUCUCCCAAAAGUAUUUUACCUACAUAGUAAUUUGAUUAUGCAUCUGUCUUGUUAAAAAUAUCGGGUGAAAAAGUAUAUUUAUCUUUGUAUUGUAUAGAUUGAAUGUAACGAAGUAUAUAAUUUAUUUCAACUAUAUACAUAAAUUUUUCAAUUAUACGAAUGUAUUUAAAUAAAUGAUAUUGCAAAUAGUUGUGAAUUUUUAAUAUACGUAUUCUUUUUAUGGAUAGUCGACAGCAAAAGGGGAUCUGUUUCCAUAAUGAUGAUCCCACUGCUGUUAUUGUUUAUUAAGAAAUAAUAAUUAAUAUAAGAAAAACUCGUUUACACCUUUGCGAGGCAGGCUAACAAACACAUUAAAAUAUUAAAAAAAUAUAUAUUAGAGUGCAAAUUAAGACACUUUAUUAUAUACAAUCAUGUGAAUUUCGCGGCUGUCGUUGUAAAGAGAAGACCAAAUUGAAGCUCUCUGCUAGUUCCUACCUGUUCCUCUUUCAUUUUUUCUUAUUGACGGCCAGACUUUCUGGGGGAAGGAGGGGGUCUACCCCCAUCGGAGUGCUGGGUGAGCUCUGGCCGAGGACUUUGACCGCAGUGGACUGCCACUAGUCGAGGAAGCGAGUGAGUUCAUUCUUGAUGAACUUGAGGAUGUCCGCUACCAUCAGGAAGCCAUUCAUAUAUUAUUUAUAACAAUAAAUCAAAUACAUUAUUUUAAAAAACAAACAGACAUACUUCUCACAAUAGGUGGACCACUGUUAGAGGUAAGAAAUUAAGAAGGUAGAGGGGAAAUCUAUUUGUAUAUUUGUAUGUAACAAUUAAUCAUUGCUAAUAAGAAACAAGUCUGAGCGGAGUUCGGUUUCACAUGUUUUGAAAAGUCGUAAUAUUUUAAAAUAAUAAAUUUCGUAAAUUUUCCCGUUUUUCAUAAGUUUUUUCCUGAUUUUUGCAUUUAUUAUGAAAACCCCUGGGAAAAUCAAAAAAUAACUUCCUUAAAUACCACUCUAGUCAGAUUUCCUUUUAAAAUCUGAGCAAAAUGUUUGGUAGAAUAGUUAUUCACAUAUGAAAAAAAAAAUAGCAUCAUUCUAAAACCAAUAUUCCAUAUUCCUCACUCCGCUCAGGACCCCUAAAGUUUCAGGAUAGCAAAAUUAUGUGCAAUUAGAAUUAACAAAACAAAAUAUUCAAUUUUCUUUACACUGCAGUAAUUUUAUUAAUUCUUCGUUUUUUUUUUCUUUAAUAUUCCUAAAGUUCUAUUUACUUUUCAUCGAAAUAAAAAAAAGCGUAAACGAAUUUUAUAUGUUCUUUGUGUCAAGGAAAUUUCACUGUAAAUAAAAAUGUGUUUAUCGAAGUCUCAUUUCUAUCAUAUUAUACUCAUAGACGCAACGAGGAGAGAGUGCUAAGAAGUUUUAGCACCCCCCAAUCAGCUUUCUUAUAGCAGUGAAUAAAUAUUUUAUUUAUAUAUUUCAUAAUUAAUAUUGAGCAUCAAAACAAAAUACAGAUAUCCUAUGCAGGCAAUGCGUGUGUGUAUGAAAAAUAAUGUUAAAAUUGUUACCAUAAAUUUGUAUAUGCCUAUAAAAUUGUAAAUAAAAUGUAUAGUUAUAUAAUGCAUAGCCUAUUGUAAGAGUCAUGUAAAAGAGGAUGCAGGGGCCACACCUCCCAUGGGUCUUUGAUGUGUUUAUAAUUUUAACACCCCCAAAGAUGGUGGUGUAGUUCCGCCUAUACUGCGUACAUAUGUUAAUGACAGAACCUAAAUCUGUUCAACUCGAAAAAAUUAAUCGUGAAUUUCCAUAUUUUUUCUACACAAGCCAUGAUAAUCAGAUGAGUUGUUCAGUAAUUUGUUUUAUUUGAAACUACCGAUGCUGUUGAAAUAAUAUUCGUUAUAAUAAAACAAUCGAUACAGAUUUGUAUUUUAAUCUUUAGUAGAUACAUGUUACAUAAUUUCGGUAUGGGUAUCAUUAAUAUAUGUAUAUGUAUACCUACUGAUUUUCAUUUUCCCUCACAAAUAAUUCAUUUUUAUUACAAAAUUUUCGGGUAUUCGUCAACAUACUUCCGGUUUAUAUGCAUAUUACAUUCUAACCUCGUAUUUGUUAUUUUCCAUUUUCUUUGUCAACCUUUUUUAUUCGUCACGCCACUAUACGCUUAUAUCACGUAACACACUACGAGUAUACCUAAUGAGCUAACAGUCAAGCCAUGUAAACCCAUUUAUAUUCACAAAUAAUAUUGGACGCGAUGUUUCAAUAUUCAAUGUGACGAUAUGUAAAUACUGAAUAGUGGGCAUUCUACGCUAAGCGAAAUUCAUAAUCUGUCAAAUAAUAUGUACAAAAUUGAAAUGCUGAAAUAUCUUAAAUAAUAAUCAAAGUGUUUAUAUAAAUAUUUCUCAAAAUUUAAUAUUUAAGAAGUUAAUAAAAACGAAAACUAUAUACAUUUUUAAAAACAAAUCUAACGUUUUUCUUUUGUGCCCUACUUAUAACUUGUAUAUUUUUCAUUUUGAACAUGCAUCACUAACGCAUAUAUUAAACUCAAUAAGAAUUUGGAUUAAAUUUAUAUUUUCAACCACGAUAGUUUAUUGUUUAAAAUAUAAACAAACAAAAGCAGUAGUGGUGCAUUCACUAGCAACGCAAUCCCAACAAAUGCCGUCUUAUAGUAAGCUUAACAUAAUAAUCAUAAUAUCAUAAUAAUAUAAUAAUCGUUAAAAUUAGAUUUACCUAGGUAAUUAAGAACAGUGGCGUAAGUUGGCCUAAAUUUCUGGUGGUGCAGAAAAAUCUUUCAAUUUUUAACCCACCAAUACUCCUUUGUAAAUUACCACUUAAUAAACAAUUUAUUUUUCUGUAGGUGCAAAAUUUUUUUUAUGAAAUAAAUAUAUUAUAAGUACUGAAUUAUUUUAAUAGUAAAAAUUGUAUUAGUAUAACAUUUUAAAAAAAAACUAUAGAUACUUGUCUAAUACAAAAAUAUAGAUUUUUGAAAACAUUUUUAUGAUUUCCUGGUGGUGCAAAUAUGUAAACUUGCAUCACCAUAUUUCAAAUGUGAUAGUGCAACUGCUACAUUUGCACUAACCGAAAAAGUGAUUUCCGAGAAAAAUAAAACCUACAUUCUAAAGUUAAGUAUGAAUCCAUCUAAUGACCAUCUUUAUUCGUAAUACUACCCAUAUAUACUGCAUAUUAUUCUACCAAUACAAAUUUCCAUUUUUAAUCAUUUUAUAAAUCUGCUUAUCGUUGUCAGCUACUAUUUUAAGAAACUAGCUACUUUAAAUUUUUGUUUUCUACUUACGCGUGUGAAAGUUUAUUUUCCGCAAUGAAUUUAAAAAAAACGAUGAAAAAAAAUGCUCUAAUCGAUGAAACCAGUGCAGUUUGUAUUUUACUAGAAAUUAUAUACUAUACUUCGAAUAUCAAAACUUAAUCUUCAAAAAAAUAAUAAAGUAAAAUAAUAUUUAAUACCUACCUAAUAAUAAUUUACGAAUCUUUUUUAUAAAAUAAAAAGUUAAUAAAUAGGCUCAUAAAAUAUGUAUAAUUACUGCUUACUUCUUUUAAUUCUUAGUAAAAGACUUUAUUAUUAUUAUGAUUUUUUUUUUUGUACGCGAGCAUAAUUUUAAAAAAUUUUUUAAAAAUGUUGGCACUUGACUCAAAAAAGGUUCACUGCCCGUGACCAAUACGCAAGAUUCAAAUAUAAAAUCUACAAAAUAUUAAAAACUCGUGUCUUAUUCGACAUCAUUAUCAGAUAUCAACUUAUUAUUGCUUUAUUAUUAUUAUAAUAAUAUUUGUGUAUACGUGCUGAUUUCCAUUGCCGUUUGAUACGAUUGUAAACGAUGUUAAACCAACAUAUUAUGUUAUUCUAAAUUGAAAUAAGAACCCGUCUAGUGCUAAAUAAUUUAACUAAUUUUAAUUACAUUCUUGAAUAGAAAUUAUUUUAAAAAGUAGGAAAAAAUCAGUGUAGUUAUCUCACUUUUGAUAUUCUUUUUGAGCUGUUGGAGUCUAGAACUGUUUAUUCAAUUUUAUUGUAUAAUAUUGUUUUAUUCGUACCAAGGUCUACCGUUUAAGUCCAAAGAAAUCAAUCGAUUUUCUAUUAUAUAUUAUAUCUAUAAUAUAAUAUAGUGUAUAUUAUAAAAUAUCAACAUACCACGCACAUAUUCGAAUACAGUUUUGCAAGAUAAAGUCUGUAAUAUAUUUUUUUUUCUACUUCAAUUUCAUUAUAAAAUAUAGAAAAAAAUAGAGAAAAAUACGAGAAUAUACAUGUAUAUAUACACACACAUGUUUACGUUCGUUACAUCCCUCAUUAUUUUUAAUUGUUUUCUUUACUAAUUGUAAAAGUAGGUAUAUAAGUUUCUCAGGUAUACGUUUUCAGCUGAACGAUUCGACCAUUCGGGUAUCAGUUGUCAAUAUAAAUAUAUAUAUUUUUCAAUUAAUUUUAUAUGAAACAAAGAAUUAAUAAAUAAUAAUCAAAAUGUAUUAUUAUUAUAUUGCGCAUUUUUUGUUAUUGUACUCGAGUAAAAUAUAUUUUGUUUCACUGGAAAAAGCAAAAAAUAAUAAUUAGAAGAAUUAAGAAAGAAGGUUGAUUAAAAUGAAAUUGUUUAAGAUCAGUGGUUCUGUAGAAUUGAUUUCCUCAUAGCCCAUAAUAUUGAAUAGGUUCCUAAGUCACAACUCAUGAAAUAAAUACGACGCAAUUUUAGAUUUUGAGCGGAGCGAGAAAUGUAUUGGUUUUACAAUAAUGUAUAUUUGUAUUUUUAUCUGUGAACAAAUUUUAUACCAACGAUUUCGCUCCAAUUUUUAAUUAUAACACUUUUUCUGAAAAGAAAUCUGACUAGAGUGGUACUUUAAUUUGUUAAAUUCUCAGCUGUUUUCGUAAUAAAUGGGAAAAUCCAAAAAAAAUAUGGGGAAAACUGAGGAAAAACGUAGAAAAAACGGAAAACAGAUACAAUAUUAAACAAAUAUUAUUAAAAAAACUAUACCAGUCUAAUUAAACUAACUUUAGUCUAAUCAGACUAAAGUUAAGGGGGUCAAAAUAACAAUUUUUCCAUUAGCAAAAUAAGAACCACCCUAAAUAUAUAUAUAUAUUCGUAAUAGUUUUCGUUUUUUUGAUAUUUUAUCAAACAAUUAUAAAUCAUUAUUUAUAAGGGGCACGCCCAAGGGCUACGGGGACUACGGUGAUUUAGCCUCUCCAACUUCCUAAAAAUUUAGCGUUAACACAAUUAUUAUUAAUACAAAUCAUAAUGGUUAGUUUCUUUUUUGUUUAACUAUUUUUCAUUUGGAUAAACAUUUCUUAGUAAAAUUAUCAUGUCAAAAUAAAAUUGUUCAAACAAAUUAUACAAAUAUUAAUUACAAUAAAUUAUUGUUAUGUUAGUAUUAUUAUCAAAGUACCAUUGCAACUAAAAUAAUUUAAUUAUUAGUCGUUUGACUUGACUGUGAAACGGUAGUUCAAAUAUUUUACUUGUAUAAUCAUCUAGUGUUUACGAUUCUGUCUGUUUAAGAAAAUCCCAUAAAUAGCAAAAGGAUUCAUCCGUACAACUGCUGUAGAUGUAAUUUAUUUUUGCAAAUAGGUGUAUGCACCAAUAACGUUACUGUCAGAUUUGAUUUACUAACAGGGCUCGUACGCCAAAUACAUGUUCCUAUGUUAGGUGGGGGAGCCUAUUCAUUAUUAUAACAUCAUGUUAGUACAAAUAAUGAUUUAGAUUUUUAAUUAAAUGUUAGCCCAGUGAUACACGUUAUUUUAUUUAGAGUAGAUUGUUGCCACUUAUGUUGACAUGACGGAUAUGGGGGAACACAAAAAGAGAGUAUUUGAAAAGAAGAGCUUUUUUUAUUCUUGAGGAUAAAAUUUUGUAUGAAAGGCAGAUAAACAAUUUCAAGCAGUUUUUGUGGAAAAAUAUUAAAAAAUGGUGAGUAUAGUGCGCAAAGUAAUACUUUAUAUAGCAACGAUUGGUGUGUAGUUUUAUUUUGAUGAAAGUUGCUCUUAUGCUGAAAAAAAUGUAUACACAAUAAUAUUAGAGCUGUAUUAUUAUCAGAAAUUAUUAUAGUGUACGUUGCAAUAUAGUUAUUCAUAGAAUACCUUAUAUAAUAUGAAUUACUCUAUCAUAAAUAAUAGUAUUUCGGGAUUUUUCACAAGCCUAUUAGGAGUAAGACUACAAUUUAUUUUAAAACUACUGUGGUUAAGUGGUAGAAGAGGGUUGCAGCUCUUUUCUAAGCUAUACGAUCUCAUAUUCGACGUAAACAUUAAAAUAUACGGUAUAAUCUAGAGCCAUCACUUUUUUGGCCGAAAUUAUUACACUGUGUUUUUAGAUUUUAAUUAAAUUAUGAAUUCGGAAUUAUGCUCACGUUUUUAAUUUCUAGUAAACUGCAUAUUAUACCAAACAUAUAAAUAUAUGAUAUAUAGGAUAAAUAUUUUUAAUCCAGUGGUUCACUAAAAGUUAAACUAGGAAUUUCAAUAAAUUGAAAGAAUAUAGAAUAAAGAAUUAUAUAGCAUUGGUUCUCAAUAUUUUUUUAUUAUUACGGAAAAAAACGUGAGAAAACUGGGAAAAACGAGAAAAUCGGUGCAAUAUUAAACAAAUAUUAUUUAGGAAUAUAUUUGAUACUUAUUUAAUUAUUUUACCGUAAUAUGACAUAUAUAUUAUUGACUAAGCAUCACUAUCAACUGUACUCCAUUCAGAAUCGUCUUUUCGUUAGCAAUGGUUUAUCCUUGCUUACAGAUAUACAUUUAAUUACGUAUGACACUGCAUCCGUCUCCAUUAUCCUAGGACGUCUUUUUCUUCCCGCUUUUUCCCAUUUAUAAUAAAAAUUUCUAGGAAAACCAAAAAAAUAAUUAUCUUAAAUUACGACUUCAAGAUAAUUCCCUUUUAGAAAAGGUGCUAUACUUGAUACUUCGGAACAAGAUUUCUGGUAGAAUUUUUGUACACAGAAUAAAAAUAAAAAAAGCUGUCCUAGGAGAGGAUUUUAUCAAAACAUAAAAAAUUAAUUGAAUUAUAAAUAUUUGUAGUCGUUAUUCCUGUGAGUGAUAUAAAAACAUACAUACACACAAAAAACAGAAUUUGAUUAUCAUUAUUGUCUCAGGAGAUACAGCAAUGAGUAUAUCUUCGUGAGACACCCUGUAUGUACUAAUUAUUUAUUUAUAAUAAUUUAUGAAUUUUUUUAAUAACCUACCUAAAAAUGUAUAUACAAAUAUACAGAAAUAAAUUGAAAUUAACUAUAAUAUAUUCUUGUAACAUAAAACCUUGUGUUUUUGGAAAUAAUAGGUUUUCUUAUUUAUUUUAGAACUUUUAGUAAAAACUAUGACAGUUCAGCAAUUAGAAAAUUAAAAUGCACAAUUAAUGUAUAUGGUAAUAUUUAAACAUACAAUAAGAGAUUAGGAUCAUAAAUGAAGUUUGUAUUGUUCAUACUUAAUGAGGCCAACUAAAACAAACAAAAUGAAAUUAAAAUAUGAUUAGGUAUAAUAUUGGUGCAAUAGGAAAAAUAAUAAUUAAGAAGAGAUAAAUAAAAAUAGAAGCUACGGAAUAUGGAGUAUAGCUUUUUUUUCAGUACCUUGAAAAUAAUAUUUAAACAUAAGGAAUGAUGUAAAAUUAUUAAAAGUUAAACUAUACCUAAUGAAGUAAUGAGUUUAUUAUAAUCAAUCAUAAUAUUAUAUUAUAAUAUAUAUUAUAUAUAUAUUAUAUUAUAUUUUAAUAUUAUAUAUAUAUCUGAAUUGCUAUAAGUCGUCGAUGAAAACAUUAAAACCUGAUGAAAAUGCGCUAGAACUGUAGACUAUUCAAAUAUAUAUAUAUAUAUAUAUAUAUAUAUAUUAUAUAUUAUAUACUAAUGAAGAAGUAAUAUAAGCUGACUUGUGCUCCAAAUUCGAUUUGUUGAACUAUACCAACAAAAUGAUUGUGUUACAUUAUUUUGAUUCAAUAACCUUUGCUGGUUAAUAUCAAUUAUUAUCGUAACAUUAACAUAUUCUUAACUUUAUAUUUUCAGAAUAUCUUGUUCUACUACGACUUCGAGAACAGUAGCAAACCAUCAGGAGUCAUAUUAUUGGAAGGAAGUUACUGCUCAAAGUUAGAUUUUUCUAGCGGCGCGUCAAAAGUCACUGGGAAAAUCCAUCCAGAAAAUGAGGUUAAAUUUAUAACAUAAUAAUGAAUAAAUAUAUUGCUUAAACAUAAUUAUAAGUAAACAUGCAUAUUAGUCAUAACUUAUUACAAAUUGUGUAAUUGGUAAUUUCAACAGUACUGUUUCGUAAUUUCGUACAACCACAAUCAAAUGCGACAAUACGAGUUCCGUGCAUCGUCGGAAACUUCUUGUAAAACAUGGGUGAACGCACUAAAACAGGCCAGGUAAAGGGAUUAAUUUCAGCUCCAUAAACCAUAUAAUAUCCAAUUUAAAUCACUCUUGUUAAAAGUACCUAUCCAUAUAAAUUAUUUAGUUUCAAUAAAUUACUAUUACAAAAAGAAGAGCUCGAACAACGGCAUUUGCAUUUGCUGCAAGUCGUCGAAAGUGAAAUGACCGCGAAAUGGCAAUAUACUCAACAGUGCGAAGAAUUAGCUACCGAAAUAAAAAAACUCCGUGCAGAAGUAAUAAAUUAUAAAUGAUUUAUAUCCUGUAAUGUAUAUAGUAUCAAGUUCAUUAAAAUAAUUUUGCUUACGAAUCCUAUGAUAAUAUUAUACUCUCAAAUUGUGUAUCUCACGUGUAAUUUUUUUUUUCUUAAAGAUUUAUUUUAUUAUGCUAGUAACUAUUUAUGUAGAAUCUAACCUAAACCUAAUCGAAUAACACGUUCUGUUCAAAUAUUUGAGACUAGAAUUAUUGAAAUCUAAUAAGAUUAACUAUAUCCAACAUUUUUUUAUAAAAAUAUUUUGAAAAGUCAGAUUUAAAAACAAAUUCAUAUUUUCGUGUUUGAAAAAAAAAACAAACAAAGUUUGUAUUAAAAAUACCAGUGGACACCGUACUUUUUGGGUGCCAUUUAUAAUAGGUGUUAACAUUAAAGAAGGAUCUGCGGCCGUUGGCAACAUUCGGCGGCUCUACUACUGGAUCAUUCGAUGGUAUAACUGGUACGUCGUAUUCGCGAAGACAAUCUAGGGAAAGUGUUUCGUUCUCGGAUCCAACCACCUUCAAUCUUCACGAUUCUCUCGAAAUGCGCAAAAUCAAAAAAGUGCAGAGCUUUUUUAGAGGAUGGUUAUGCAGGAGACGAUGGAAACAAAUCGUUGAACAGUACAUUAAAAGCCCUCACGCUGAAAGCAUGCGUAAACGAAAUAGGCGAGUAUAGCAUAUUAUUAUAAUACAAUAAGUUUACAAUAUAAUAUUUUCAUAUUGAAAUUUCUGGAAUAAAUGAAAUUUAGCAUAGUCGAAAUACUUAAUAAAUAAUUUGUGUAGCAAAAUACACAUAUACCAUAAUGCAUGACUUCCUCGAUAAUCGUUUUAUAACUUCAAAUACAUUAUUUAAAGAUAUUAAAGAUAAAGUUUUGUGAGCACUCUGAUAACAACAUUAUAAUAUCUAUUUACAUUUAUGUCUUUUAUGUGACGAAUAAGUUGUUUUCAUGGUUAAUUAUUUAGAAAAUUAAAACGCAAUUAAAUUAAAUACUGAACAUUUUCAAUUAAUAUAUAAGUAUUAAGAAAGAAUCACAUCGUUUUUGUUAGAAAAAAUAAAGUACCUAUAGUGAAGAAACUAUAAUAGUUUUAUGAUGAUGUUUUGUUCUCAAAAAACAUUUUAGGUCUCUAAAAAUGUUCCAAUUUUUUCACGCAGUACCUCAAAAUAUGUGUAAUUUCUCCGGAUAAAUUUACUGUGUAUCAUUAAUCAAAUUUAUUCUUAAAAAAUUUCAAAUUCUAGUAAUAAUCGUUUCCAUUACAACAUUAACUAUUUUAUAAAACAUAACCAAACCAUAAUGUUAUCGUACCUAAUUUGAUUCCCAUAUUGUUGUAAAUGGCGUAAUUAUUAUUUCUGUAUUUAUAACACGGCGCUAACUAUAACAGUUUCUUUUUUUUAAACCGACAGUCUUGUUUUUCGAAUGGUCGAAGCUGAGGAGGAAUACGUAAGCCAACUGGAAGUAUUAGUCACAUGUUUUUUACGACCUUUGCGAAUGGCAGCCAGCUCAAAAAAACCACCGUGUACCCACGAAGAUAUAAGUUCGAUAUUUUUAAACAGCGAGACCGUGUUGUUCUUGCAUCAAAUAUUUUUCAAGGGAUUAACAACAAGAAUGGAAAAUUGGCCCACUUUAAUCUUAAGUAAGUUAACAAUAAAUUAUAAUUUAUCAAACACAGUAAGUGGAUAAGUCACAAUUAUAACCAUACGUAUUUCAAAUUCAAAAAACAAACAUUUUUACGUUUGUAAAUUAUUUAUUUUUUUUUUUUUAUGUUAAAAUUUACCCAAAAAAUGUAUUAAAUUUAAUUAAUAAUCUUCCAAUAUCCCCAAUCAUAAUUACACCUUAAUUCUUAAUUUACGCCUAUUUAACCUUGCUGAUCACAGACAUUUUAUUUACCUACUAUUAUUCUUUAAACUCAUUUCUGGAAAAAUAUACUCUCCUUCUCUUUUGUCUCAACUUCCUUUUAAAUUUUCUCUCCGCCAUACCUGCUCAUCUUUCCCUUUUCUUAAUUUCACUUCCUUAUUCGUCUAAUUAUUUUUUUAAACUCUCUCUAUAUCUCACCUUAUUUACGCUGCCAAGUCAGACCCUUCAUUUAACGUGUAGUUCUUUUUUUUGUUUGCUUUCUUUUUUCAUACUUUAAUUUUUGGGCGUAUCACACAUCUAUUAAAAAAUAAAUACGUAAUUAAAAUGUUAAUAUAAUAAUAAAUUAUUCGUUUUCAUCCUUGGAACCUAUAUUUUAUCAUUUUAAUUUAGACUAUAAUGGUGAACACUUAAUCUGACUCAAUGCGUUUUAUCUAAAAUCUGAAAUACGAAAGAGAUUCUAAUUGAACGAGUGGUAAAAAAUCAUAUAAUCCGUAUUACAGUGGAUAAUCCGGGUUUCGAAUUGAUCACACAUCUGUUUAGGCCGCCGAUAAUGUGUAUUUAUUGUAUUCGAGUAGCAUAACUUUUAAUAUUAAAAAACCACCUAUUGUAAAAAAAUAACAAUAAUAAACCUUUGUAUUCAUAAUAUUCACUUAUCUCUUCAGAAUCCGAACGUAAAUCUCUAAAAAUAUAUAUAAACUAUAUUUAAAAAAAUAAAGUAAUCAUUUUACAGCAGUUUUCUCGGAUAGCCUCUUCAAUUACUUAAAAAAUGACUCGAGUAACGUCAGUUUUUUUUAUAAAAAUAAACAAUAGCAACUCAUAAUGUUUUUGAGCUUUUUUUUUGUCUUGUAUUAAUAUUAAUUUUUCAUCAUAUUGAGAGAAUAUUGUAUAGGACCUUCGACAUCAAGUGGCAGCCAACAUAAAAAAAAAAGCCCUUGGUAUUCGCUUCGAUCUCCUGUAUAAUAACUAUAUAGAAACUUUUCUAUACACAACUUUACUGUGGUAAAAUUAAUUUCGUAAUUUUGUCCUUUCUCGAACUUUUAUUUUAUUUCUGUAUAUUUCUCCGUCAAAAAAUAAUUUUUGGUGCAAUAAUUAUGUAUCUGUUUGAAAUUGAUCUAUAUAUAUAUGGAAAUUGCGCAAAUUUUGAUUUUCUCAAUGUUUUUGGUAAUGCCAAGCCUUUAUCGGUACUAACUUGACGUAUAUAUUACCUAGUCAUAAAAUCUUAAUGGGUCGAAUUUUGUAUAAUAUAAUUUAACAACGAGAUUUAAAUAUGUGUGCAGGUGACCUCUUCGAUAUACUACUUCCAAUGCUGACAAUCUAUCAAGAAUAUGUUAGAAAUCAUCAUUACAGUUUACAAGUAUUAACUGAAUGCAAACAAAAUCCUGCGUUCGUAAACCUUUUGGAGCGAUUGGAAAACAAGCCUGCGUGUCACGCGCGUUCAUUGGAGAACUUUCUUAUAGUUCCAAUGCAUCAGGUAAAACUCUAAUUAUUGUAAUAUAAUCUAUCCAUCUAUCUAUCUAUAAUACAUACUAUAUAAUUUAUAAUAAUAUUAUAUGAUAUAUUUAUAUAUUUAUACAUUAUACAUGUGCGUGCGAAGGAGAUAAGAGAAACAAACUGUCUCACAUCUGAGAUUUUACGCCUGAGUUUUUAAAAAAUGUUUUGGAUAUGAAUUUUUUAAUUCGGAACAGAUUAAUCAGAAAAGGAUUGGUUACACUAUAAUAUGUAUUUUGUCUGUAUGCAAACAACAUUUCGAACAAAAAUCUUGCUCCGAUAUACCAAAUGUAUCACCUUUUUGAAAAAAAAAUAUAUCUAGUUGGUGCAUUAAAGAAGUCCUUUUCCUGGUUGGUUUUUUUUAACAAUUAGGGGAAACCGAAAAAAAAUAUAAAAUGAAAACUGACAAAUUUACAACGUUAUGAUUUCAUUAAUUUUAUUUUGUACGCUUUAUAUUUUAUACCAAAAAUAUUUCUUUAAUAGAAAAAUGACAAAAAUGACAUCUUUUUUGUUGAAUUUUUAAACUAGUUAGUGAGAAAGAAAGUCGUUAUUAACGAUGAUUUUUUUAACCCUGUAGUUUUUUUUAUAAUUAAGUGAAACUGAAAAAAAAACUUAGAAAGAAUUGAAAAAUUUACGACAGUAAAGCUUUUAUUAUUUAUUUGCCUUUUCUAGACGUAAUAAAAUUGUAUACAAAUUUGAGCGAUUUAUAGGCGUUUGAAUUUUUUAAUUUAUAGGCAAGUUUUUCACGUAGUUUUUAUUAAUACCUAAAUAAUUGUAGAUAGCAUUUUUUGACGAAACAAAAAUGUUUGAAAUUUAACACAGGGCUCAAUAUAAGGUAAACUUAGUGGUAAAAAAAAAGGAAGAGUGUUAUGUAGUAAUUUGUUUAUAUAAUGGUUUUAAGAUCAAAUUUUAAUUAAAAUCGUAGAUAUAUAAUUUUUCAAACCAUCAAAUCAUACAAAAUGAAUUUCCUCAGAAUGGUUUUCCGUUAGAAAUGGUUUAUCAUUGUUUAUAAAUAUAAGUUAAAUAACUGUGUGUAUCGUACUUUGCCAAAUACUCACAACAUUGCCUAUCAUUUGUAUCAACUCUUUUUUAAAACGUUAAACUCUUAGGCUCUUUGAUUUUGUGCAUUGGCGGAAAUAUAAGAGAUGAGUUUAGGAGUUUAGCCUCCCAAAAACUCAGCAAGCUCCCCCAAAUUAUGUUCUCAUCAAUAAAAUACUAAGUACAUAGGAGGAGCUACGGGGUAUGCCGGUUAUGCUAAGCACACCCAAAACAUCUAUACUGUCCUGAAAUGGCUGAGCCACGCGUACCACGCGUAAGGGAAAAACCUUUAAAUGAUAUAAUUAAAGUUUGAAUAAAAAAAAAGACGCCCUAGGAUAAUGGAGACGGAAACAGCCACUGUUAUAGGUAAUUUAAUGUACAUCUGUAAGCAACGAUAAACAAUUGUUUACGAAAAAACGAUUCUGAGCGGAGUUCAGUUGAUAUUGAUGCUUUGUCAAAAAUAUAUAUGACAUAUUAUAGUAACAUAAUUAAGUAGACUCUAUACAUUUUCUUAAAUAAUAUUUAUUUAAUGUUGUACCAAUUUCCCCAGUUUUCCUACGUUUUUCCCGGUUUUCCUAUGUUUUUUUCCAGUUUUUCACAUUUUCUGUGAAAAAACCGAAGAAAAUCGAAAAACGACCUCUCUUAAGUGCCUCCCAAGUGAAAUUUCCUUCUAAAAAAAUUACUAUCAUUAAACAUUAGAGCAAAAUUGCUGGUAGAAAAGUUGUCUACAGAAAAAAUAAAUAAACAUCUUUGUAAAACUUCUUCGCUCCACUGAGAAUCUAAAAUAAUUUGUUAAAUUAGAACUGUUUAAUAAUACAAGCUAUCCCACGAAGAUAUACCCCUUGAAUAUCUCCGAAGAUAAUAAAAUUAUGUUUUGUUUUAUAUUACUCACAGGGAUCACUAUUUAUAUUUAAACCAAUUUUGUUUGUUUUUAGUAAAAAAUUUAAAAAUAACUUGUUAUUUAUUAAAUAAUAUUAAAAUUUUCAGAAAAAUAAACUCUACAGAAUUGCAGUCUUAACAUUUUCCAAAAACAAUAAAAUCAAAAGUUAUUUUUUAAAUUUUUUACUAAACACAAAAAAAUUUAAUUAAAAUAUAAAUAUUUGUAUUCCUCAUCCCUGUGAGUAAUAUAAAACAAAACAUAAUUUGAUUAUCUUUAUUAUCUCCGGAGAUAUUCAAGGGGAUAUUCAUGGGACAGCCUGUAUAUUUUAUUUGCAAGUCGAUUUAUCUGUUAUAUCUGAAAUACUCAAGAAGAUAUUUUUUAAGGAGCUCAAUACGAUUUCGUUUUUUGGUUAACGAGAAAAUCUUUCUUCUAAUGGUAAGCAAUAAUCGCUGUAUUUUCACACAUUGUAGAUUCAUCUAAAGUUCAUUGUUCUUUCCUGUCAUCGAGACAUGAAUAAAUAUAUAGAUAAAGUGAUUUAUGUUUUCUUUUGAAAACAUAAAAAAAUAUUUUAUAAUUUAAAAUGAUAUAAUAAUGUAUUUUCAAUAUAAAAAAACCAACUAGUGUUAAAUAUUUACUUUAAGUAGUGAACACAUAUUAUUAUUAAUAAAAUCCAUUCUUUACCAAUUAAACUACAUUGGACCACAUUAUUUUAUUUAGGAUUACCUAUAUUUGAUAUACCAUAAUAUGGCAUGUAUAUAAAUGUAUACACAAUCCGAAUAUACUAAAUAAUAACAAAAACAAAUAUAUACAUAUUAUUAUAAUAUUAUGGAUAACUAAGUCUUCCUAUUUCAAGUCCUAAUCUUAAAAUUUGGAGUAAGAUUUCUGGUAAAAGACAAAAACCAACAAAUUUAAAAUAAUGUAAUCAGUAGCGUUGUAAAUAUUUGUCCGUUUUUCAUAAAUGUUUUUAUCCGGAUUUUUAAAUUUAAAACUAUUAUAAAAAUUGCUUGGAAAAAUAAAAAAAUAACCUUUUCUAUGCAUCAAAUAAAACUAAAAUGCAACAAAAGAGACUUCUUGGCCUAUUUUAAUUGAAGCAAUAAUUUCUGGUAAAAAAAUUGUUUAGAUAAACAAUUAAUAACAAUAACAAUAAAAAAACAAACCUCAUAGUUAAUCUAAUAUAUUCUUCGUUACGUUCAAAAUCUAAAAGCUUUUCAUAAUUUUCUAGAAAAUUGUCAAAUGUCAACAAACUCAAAAUACUAUUUGUAACUAAUUUUUUAUCGUUUUAAACAUACGUAAAAAACUUGUGGAGUAGUUUUUACAAUAUCCAAAAAUAUUUAAAACAGACACGUAUUUUUAAAACAAAUAGCUCCAUUACAUUUAAAAUCUAUUAGAAUAUGUAUUUUAUUACGUUAUUUAAAAGAUAUUCGUUUGAUAAAAUAAUGCCUAUGUUAACAAUAAAGAGUGACACAAAAGCAUUUUUUCGUUGAAAUGAGGCGGAAAAAAACAACACUGUAAUAAAUAAACAUACGUCAAUAAAAGAUCGUCCUAUUACUUUUUUUGCAUACAAAUCGAACCAACUAGUAUACAAAAACAGAUUUAUUGAUAAAUGCAAAUUGAAAAUAUGACAAAUAUUUUAAUAAAAUGCAUUUUAAAUCUGAAAAGAUUUAUUUAGAGAUGAAAAAAAAAAGGAUGUAUAAAUAAUUAUUACAUGUUAUUAUUAUAUGAUAAAAAUACAUUUUAGUGUACCAAUAAUUAUUAUUUAACUGUAUAUUCAAUAGAUAGAUAUUAAUUUUUUUUUCACAGAUACCGAGGUACAUAAUAACUCUCCAUGAGAUAUUAGCGCAUACACCGCAUGAUCAUGUAGAAAGAAAAAGUUUACAAACAGCAUGCCAGAAGCUAGAAGACCUAAGUAGACAAAUCCACGACGAAGUCAGCGAAACUGAGAAUUUACGAAAAAAUCUUUCUAUCGAACGAAUGAUAAUCGAAGGUUGUGAUAUUCUACUAGACGUCAAUCAAAUAUUUGUUAGACAGGGUACUUUGGUUCAAAUGCCCAUAGCAAGGAAGAAGAGCAGGAUACCUCAUUUCAAAACUGAAAGAGAAACGGUUAGGCAAUGUUUUCUAUUCACGAAUCAUAUGAUAAUUACUAGCAGGUAAAAAUUAGUAAUUGUUUUAUAAUAUUUUCAAUUAAUGUCUAUUAAAAUACUAAUAUGUACAAAUGUAUGUAUUUUACUAAUAUACUAAUUUAUAAUUAUGUAUGCACAGGACUACUAGCGGAAAAUUACAUUUAGCUCCUGAAGUCGGUAAAAUAUCUUUAGCGGAUUGUCGUCUAAUAGAGGAUCCCAACGAGAAAGACGACGAUAAUAACACAACCGAUAUGGAAGUUCAAGACGGAAAUAAUGAAGGUACCUUUAUAGAAUUUUUAUUUUACAGAAAUGUUUAACUCCUUAGUAUUUAUUUUGACAGCCGAUGAUUCAGCAGGAACCAGUCAUUCCAGUGAUGUGGAAACGAGUGAUUGUGAAGGAAUAAAAUAUGCAUCUAGUCCAAGUCCAACUCCUAGUCCAAAACCACAAAAUUAUGAUUUUCAACUAUGUGUUGACUGUAAAUCAUCAACGCCUCUUACAGUUCAUUUAUUCGCUCCUUCUCUGCAAGAAAAAACUGCUUGGGUCAGUGAUAUUAGUCAAGUGAGUUAACCCAAAUGUUUAAAUUUAAUAUUUAAUUAAUUAUUAUAUUACUUUACUAUUUAAUGUUCUUUCUAUAAUAUUAGUGUAUUGAAAACUUGAGAUUUGACGCAAUGCUUCGAAAUUCUAUGUCAGAUACAUCUUCUGUGACAAUGCCACAUUCAAUGCGCAAUGAUCCAAAACUUUUUAAAGAUGAUAAAGACAUAAAAUUUAGCAAAUAUUACAAUUCUUGUCGGGUACAUUUAAUAAUAGUUGAUUUGACAAAAAUAUAUUGUUUUCGUGUUAAUGAAUGCCUAUAUUUUUAGAUUCCCCGUAUUCAUCAUGCUACAAAAGAAAAAUUGAUAUCCAGGCUGGUGGAUUUACGGUUUUUGUCAAUCGAUUUUCUCAAUACAUUCCUUCUUACAUAUAGGGUUUUUACUGAUGGUGUUACAAUAUUGGAAGCAUUGAAAAAAGUGUUUUAUAAUAAUGAAGUAGACGCAUUUGAAACUAUUGGCCAAGCAACCAAUAAUACGUAAGUUAAUGAAGAAAUACAUUUUUCUUUUGUGGAAAUAAUGAAGCAGUUUAUUUUAAUGUUUUUUUUAGGUCUUUGGAUCGAAAUGAAUUACAUGACAAUCAUCAUCUCACCACUGGCGAUAGAGACCGAAGAAGAUCUAGUGUUAUUUCGUCACCCCGAAGAACUAGUGCCGCCAGUUCUGUAUCUGGUAUUCAUUCUAAAAAACGCUCACUGGAGCGUUCUAUAGUACUUAUGUGUCUAACAUAUGUUUUAUAUUAAUUUACAGGUUAUGGAUCGGAAAAUAGUGAAAGAGAUAGAAGUUCCAGUAUAGAUUAUCAGCCCUAUCAAAAAGGAGGAAGAAAAUUUAGUUUCCGAAUACGUGAGUGUUGAGUACCUGCUUAGAUGUAUAAAGUUAAUUGUAUUUUUCAAAUAAUGGUUUUUAGUUGAAGAAGAGGAAAGAAGAAAUAAGAUCAAAGUGUCUGACGAGUACUGUUCAACGGGCAGUUUAUCUCAACAGUCUUCGCCAAGGCGAAAAGUCAGCAUUAGAAUCGAAGAUAUGGGUGACAGUUGUCAUUUGGCACCGCCUACUAUGGUUAAAGCAACUUCAUCUUCUAGUAAUGAAACUUUAACUGGAGGUUAGAGUUAAUAAACAAAGUAUGUUUUAGGUUUUUAAUUAAAAUAUUUACUUUGUCUUACAGAUAACCAACCGACAGUAGUUUCAACAUCUCCGUGUAGCAAUAACAGUAGUUCAACUCUAAUAGCGACAAGUUCCAAUUGCGAUAAAAGUUCUAAUGACCGUAAGAACCCUAGUUCACCAAAAAUAUCUCCACCAGAACGCAAAACACAAUCUCCUUCAAAAUUGCAUGGUUUUCCUAUUCACCAUGGACAUGCGAUCAAAAUUGGAUCCAUAAUAUCUGAUGCAGCUAAAGAAUUCGUAGAGAAGUAAUAUUGAUCUUGCUUAAAAUAAACUUCAUCAUAAAUUCUUAUUGAUUUUUUAGAUUUCAUUCAGAAAAACAUUUUUCCACACCACAACCUUCGCGUAGGAAAAGUUGGUUCAAUCACGAUAGUACUCCGGUAACGAGGAAAAAGAGUUUUGGACUUUGCGAUGAUGAUAUGGGCAAUAGUGAUGAAAAUGGGUGGCUUAAUAAUAUUCAUAGUGCGUCUUCAUCGAGAUCGGCUUCGUUAGCUAAUUCGAGUAUUGCCCAGGUAUUUCGUAUUGUCUAUAUACAUUGUAUAAACUAAAAUAUAACAUACUAUAGUUUGGGUUUCUCUACAGUAUUUCUCUAGAAGAAAAUCGUUUGCUUGCGCUGGUGAUGCUGAUGGUUGUUACAGUGGAAGUAUUUCACAAAGAACCAGUAUGCAACACGAUAGCCCUCCACUGUCUAGUCGAGCCGGUGUCGUGAUAACGUCCUCAAGACAAUCGAAAAGAAGGUAAACCAAUAUAGUUGAUGCUCAAAACAUAUUACUUUUAUUAUGUUAUUUAUUACCUGAAAAAGCGUGGGACCAACUAAUCACUUAUGUAUAGGAACUUUAAGCAAUUUCUAGUAAAAAAAAUAAAUAGGUCCUGCGCUCAAAAAAAUAUACCUAUACAAGCCCACAGCUGUAAGAUGGUUCUCAUAUGUUUUACACGUGUUUUGUUUUAUUUUUGUGUUCAGAACUGGAAGGCCGGAGUUUUGGUAAGUGCUGUGGAUAUGCACAAUGUGAGAGGUCUGACAUUUGAAAAUCGGCAUUUCUAUGAUGGGGUUUUUAUUUAAUUUUAAUUUUUAAUCUCGUAUUUCUGCAUGAACUUAUUACUUAUGGGCUACAUACUUUUUUGCUGCUCUAUAUUAACUUAAAAGGCUACCUUUAAUAUUAUAAAACUUAUUUCUCCCACACUGUACAGAAUAUUUGGUUUUAGCACAAAAAGAACCAAAAUAGUGUAUUAUUACGGGGUCUUCCAGUAUUUUAGAACGAUUAAAGGAGGAAAAUAUAUGCAUGAUGGACUCUAUAUAGCAGUUAGCUAAAAUGUUUGAUAUACACACCCUAGUAGUAAUAAUAAUAUAUUAACAGCGUUCUAGAGCUAAUAAUUAUACUUAGUUAUCCCAACUGGUCCCAUCGCCACCAGAACUAUUUAGUUUAUAAACUGUAAAUCCUUUGUUGUGUAACGGCCAUUACAAAGCCAACCACUCCAGACUAAUAGAAGUAGAGUUUACUUUCUAAAUUUAAGCAAUGUUAAAUAUACCUAUUAUAACUUAUAAUAAAUAGUUAUAGUUUGUUUUUGACAAAAUAGAGAACACCUCUAACUCCUGGGAAUGUUUCCGUGCACGUGUUGAUAGUUUUUCUUUCAAGUAUCACAUUGAAUCGAUUCUAAUCCAUCUGCCUCGUAAUCGAGGCAUACGAGGUGUGGCUAUUAAAUAACGAGACUUGUUACGAAAAAGUGUUUUAUUAUAAGAAUUAUUCUACAUUCAAAUGCUCCCCUUCAAUAUACUCCCCUCCCCUCGCCACACACCGUUUCAUUCGUUUCUUCCAUUGCUCGAGGCUGGAAGUCUGUUUUCGUAAGACCAUUCAGGAGUUCCGCCGAUUUUUGUUUCACCUCUUCCAUCGACUCAAACCGGAUUCCUUUUAAGGCAGACUUUAUCUUCGGAAACAAGUAAAAGUCGCAGGGUGUCAAGUCGGGUGAGUAAGACGCGUGUUAGAGUACUGAAGUGCCUUAAGCGGCCAAAUAACGCUUCACGCUUUAUCCUGGUGCAAGAUCCACGACUUGUUUUUCCACAAUAUCGACCGUUUCUUACGAACUCAUUCGCGCAAUGUUGCCAAAACUGUCAAAUAGUAAUGUUGGUUCACAGUUUGACCCUCUGGAACCCAUUCAGUCAUCACGAUGCCGUUGAUAUCGAAGAAAACGGUUUUGAAUUUGGAUUACGACUGAAUUGGAUUCCGGUGCACUCUCGACCUUCAGAAAAUAAUUUAUGCCACUCAAAAACACGCGCCCGAGAUAGGAAAUCCUCACUAUAGGCCUCUUUUAACAACUUAUAGCACUCAGUUGGAGUUUUUUUUAGUUUAACGAGAAAAUUUUAUGUUUAUCCGUUGCUCAUGUUUUUCGUCACACAUGCAUUUCGGCACGAGAAAAAAACACGUUCGUUUCAAAUCACUACUGCACAAAUACUAUAAUAGUGACGAAAAUGUGUUUUGGUACGUGCAUAGAUAAGAUAUCUGGAUACCCAACGCAUUACUCGUUUUUUUUACUACCCAUCUAGGGCGCCCUCUAGGCGAGUAGUCUCGUUAUUUAAUAGUCACACCUCGUAUGUUCACACUUUAACUAAUACUUUUAUACUUCUUUUUUUUUAUGAUUUCUACUAUUAUUAUUUAAAUAAUAUCAGUGUAAAAUAAUUCUUCAGUACAUAAAAUUAAAAAUUUCGAUUCAGUAUAAUUCAAAAGUUCAACACACGUCUUUCUCGGCAAUCAAAGGAUAGUUUGUCUAUAAACUGUGUCAUUAAUAAGCAAUGUUACUUUAUUCAAAGGAGUAGCACAUCUACGGCUGCGGCAGCAUUCGCUAUUGCUACGUCAGCUUCGAGUAAUCCGCGGGAACUCUCUCCGUUACAUGAUCCCAGAUGCUGUUCAGUAGAACGAAAACGAAAAGAGUCUGUUAUGUCCACUGCAGCUACAAUGCGGGUAUUGAAUGUUUUAAAACAUUGGAUAUCCAAGCACCCACAAGUACAAUUAAAUAAACUAAAACCAUCAUUAUAAGUACUAAUAAUGUUAUGCAUAAAAACUUUAGGAUUUUGAAAAUGAACCACGUCUAAAAAAUAUGACCAUAGAGUUUUUGGAAGAUAUACUUUUCAGCCCUAAUCUGUUACCAGCUGAGCACAAAAUAGCUGGUCAAUUAUUAAGAUUGCUCACGAUGCAGGACGAAACAAAAAACCCGAUUAUUGAUCUUAACGCUUUGUUGAAUCCCAUUCAGGUACUGUAAUAUUAUAUUAAUAAAUUAUUUAGGUUUUUUAAAACUAUUUAUAAAUUAUAUAAACUAUAUCGGCUUUUGUAGAAUUAUAACUAAUUACAGAAUUAACUAUUAACGGAAAUACUUAUAUAUAUAAAUUAUCUUGAAAAUUAUAUAAUCUAGUUUACUAAUUAGUAAAUCAGAAUGCGGUUAUAUUUAAAAUAAACUGAGAAAUAUUUGUAUACAAAAAUAAGAAAAAAAAAUUAAUUAUACUAAUUUAUUUUUUAUUAACAUAAAAAUAAUUUUUUUUUUCAGAUUCCUAGUGCUGAAAAUACUGAUACAUUGUCUGCAUUGGAAAUCGCCGAACAGAUGACUUAUAUGGAUCAUCAAAUAUUUAUAAGAAUCCAAAGCCAGUAAAUACUAUUCUCUUUUAAUAACAUUUCUUUGACCGGAAAUGUGUUAUUAAGUCGGUGGUGGUCAAAAAUGAUUAAUUCAUAGAGAGGAAGGGGGGAUAAGGAAAAAUCAAAAAGUAUUUUAAUGUAUAUAAUUUUUUUUUCCUAGCUAUAAAGAUAUAUUAUAAAAUUUUAAGAAAAAUGAAGCAAUAUGGAAAUAUAUCCUCACUCUCCUUGUUUGACUAUCACUGAAUCAAGUUCCACAUCACAUUUCCAAACAAUUAUAUAACCAUUAUAAAUUUUAAUUUAUCUAUUAUAUUUUUAAAAUAUUGUCCGAAACUUAUAUAACUAUACCAGUAUGAAUAUUUACUUAGGCACUUUACUAUUUUUGGAAUACUUCAUAAUAAUUUAUCAUCAAUCAUCUACUUUUUAUUAAAGUGCAAAAAUAAUAUAUAAUUAAAAUAAUUAUAAAAAUAAAAUGAUUAAAAUGAAUUUUGAAUAAAUAUAAAUAUGUAGUUUAAGACUUUAAUUACAGUUUAUAAUAAUAUUUACAAUUAGAUGUUCUGUAUAGUAUCAGAGACGUAUUCAGAAAUUUAGCACCCGGAUGCUAAUGUUUUUCUAACCCCCUCCCCCACACCCGAAAAUAAUUAUUAGAUUUUUUCCACCUACCGAGCGCGUCUGAGCUUACUUUCCUGUGACUACCCGGUAUCGUUAUCCUUUUUAGAACAAACAUUAGGAAAAAAAGAAAGUAGAUUUCAAACUAUUAAUAAACUAAAUAAUAUAAAAUAUAUUUGGUUAUUAUCCACUAUAAUUACAAAACUCAUUUAUAUGUCAUCAUACUCUAAUUUUUUUGUAAAGUCUGAUUCGAUGUUUAAUAUGGCGAUACUGUUUAGUAGUUCAUCAGUUAUCCUCGAUCGCAAAUAACUUUUAAUUAAUUUUAAUGCACUAAACAAUCACACUGAAGAGCAGUUUGACACGGGACAACAUAGAUACAUUCUUAGAGCGAUAUUUACGUUACGGUAUAUGUCUUCAAAUCCUUCAAAUCUUGUCUAUACUCUAUAGAUGUUACAAUCUUAGAAUAUUCACCAAUUUAUAUAAUUUUUAAUUUUUAUUAACAGAAGAUGGGUUAUGAAAAAAUUUGAUGCCGCCCGAAGCGAUCUCCCCCUCUAGUCCCUCCCCCCUAAAUACGUUACUGAUAGGUAUACAUUUUUUAGAUUUAACAGAUCAUUAAAAUCUUCUCUGAUCUAAUUAAUUAAACACAUUCAAUUAAAUAUUACCUAUAUUUUAUGAAAUAUAUGAUAUUGAAUAAGUACCUAACUUUUGUGGUGCUAUCAUUUGUAUACUUUUAUUUUGUUAGGGAAUUUUUUGGUCGUGCUUGGAUGAAAGACGAUAAACAUAUCAAAGCACCGCACAUCAUUCUAAUGACUAAGAGAUUCAACGAGAUAUCACAACUGGUCGCUUCAGAAAUCAUGCGUAAGCCCAACAUUGCUACCAGAGUAGUAACUAUAGAAAAGUGGGCCGCAGUCGCCGACAUAUCCCGGUGCUUGCACAAUUUCAACGGUGUGCUUCAAAUAUGCUCAGCGUUUACCAACAGUUCCGUAUUCAGAUUAAAGAAAACGUGGGAAAAAGUGUCAAAAGCCGUACGUAGAAUAUUAUAUUUCUCAAAUGUAUAAUAAUAUCUAACCAUAAAACAAAAUAUCAUAUUUUAUUCUACAAAAACAAUUAUUUUUAUUUUUGCAAUAUUUGAAUAAUAUUAUUACAUACCAAUUAAUAUUUCAGAAUGUGUAAUUAGAGUGUUUUGCAAUUGUGUUUGUCUCCAUUAACCCUUUCACUGCACUUUUAAAUUAUUGUACACUAACAAAUCAAGUAAUUUUAGUUUCUGAGUGAAGUAAAGGAGCUUAUGGUUUUACAAAGAUGUUUAUUUUAUAUUUUCUGUGGACAACUUUUCUACCACAGGACUUGCUCCGAUUUUUACGUGUAGCAACUUUUCUGAAAGGAAAUCGGUAUGGGAAGGUACCUUAUAAAGGUCAUUUUUCGAUUUUCUCCGGAGUUUUCUGAGCAAAUAUGAAAAACUAGAAAAAACAUAGAAAAACCGAGAAAAACCUAGGAAAACUGGGGAAAUCGGUAAAACAAAUAGUAUUAAAAAAAAUAUAUAGCGCUUAUUUAAUUGUUUUACUAUAAUACGACAUAUAUAUUGUUGGCAAAGCAACACUAUUAACUAAACUCCGCUCAGAAUCGUUUUUUCAAUCAAAAUGAAUUUUGAUUUGUAUUGACUCUUUUAUUUUUGAUAGUUAAUUCAUCCUUGGAAGAACAAUAAAUUAUUAUUUUUAUUUUUGUUGUCAGUUUAUCAGAUUUUAUCAGAUCAAUGGCUUAUCAAUGAAAUUUGUUAUGUACAUCAAUAGCAGUGAAAGGGAUUAGCAUUUUUCCUAAUUUGGAUUUUUGAAUUUUAUACUUUAUUUAAAUUUAUAAAUAUUACAACAAGUUUACCAUUGUGAUACAAUAUUUAUCUUUAUUUAUAUAAUAUUUAUAUUUAUGAUAUUUGAAAAUAUAAUAUUAAUAAUAGACAAACAAAAUAUUAUCCGGGACAAACACGAUGAAAAAUUCUAUAAUAACUUUAAUAGAACAAUAAAACUUAUUUGAUAUUUGUCCUACUUCACACUACCUAUUUUCAUGUAGACGAAAAUAUCAGUUCAAAAACUUCAGGUAAUCGUCUCAUCCGAUGGAAGGUUUCGAAAUCUUCGUGAAGCUCUACACCGAUGCGACCCGCCUUGCAUUCCGUAUUUAGGAAUGUAUCUAAGUGAUUUAUCGUUUUUAGAAGAAGGAACACCAAGCUUAGCAGACGAUGGUCUACUCAAUUUUUCUAAAUUACGUAUGGUAUGUGUAUAAUCACAACAUUAAGUUAUUUUUCAAUAAAAUAUUAUGUUACACAAUUUUAAAAAGUCGAUAUCAUAUUAUACUUUGUACCAUGGUUGUAGCACUUAAAUAGUUGAGUAUUUACAAAGUAAGAUGAAGUAGGAUGAACCUAAUUUCAAAUUUUCGAAUAUUUUUACUAAACUAGAAAAAUCCUACUACCAUAAUAACAAAUAAAACUAAAAAUAAAAAGACUCAAAAAUUUCGAAUGAGAAUAAAUGGCUCAAAAAUCGUUAGAAUGUUUUUAAAAUUAUCACUUCUAGAAAGGGCUAGUAUAAGUUUGGCGAAAAUUGCAGGCCUCUAAAAUUAUUCUUAAGUUUUAAUUGAAUCACCUAUAACAAAAAAAAAAAAACAGAAAUCAUUGUUGUUUAAAUUUCACGUUUUUUACGGUUGAGAAUGACUUUGGAGGUUAGUAAUAAGUUGCCUAUACCAAUUAAUUUCAUCAAAAUCAGUUCAGUCGUUAAACUCUGAAAACUUAACAUACAUUACAUAUAGAGUUAUUCUCACAUAUAUAAUAUUAGUAAUACUAAUAUAAUUAUUAAUUACUACCCUCUUUCCAUAUAACAUAAUACAUUUUUGAAAAACAGAUUCAAAAAGUAUAUUUUAGAUCCCCCCCCCCAAAAAAAAGUUAGUUGAUUUUACUAGGUUAGGUAUAUCAUAGAAACUCCAUAAUUGAUCUAAAUAAUGUACAUUAAUUAUUUGUAUAUUUGUCUCUUGUAAAUAUGUAUAAAAACAAAAUUAGGUCAUAAAUUAUUGUACAUUUUUAGAUCGCGCACGUAGUACAAGAAAUCCGUCGAUUUCAACAGACACCAUACAAAAUCGAUUACCAAGCUAGGGUAGCCAACUAUCUAUUGGACACGUCGUUUCUGAUGAACGAGGACGAAUUGUAUACCAAAUCAUUGGAGAUCGAACCACGACCGUCCCGGUUAAGCAUCACGAAUCUGUCGAAUUCACCACAUCAGGGCAGCAGUGGUGGUAGCCAAUGACGGCGGUUCAGUGCCAAGGGAAAUCUGUCAUCCGCGUGCUUUAAGUGAAUACGACUUAUUUUGCGCGACGAAGAAUGCUGGUGGCGGCAGUGGCACGAUAUUAUAUUACUAACCAAUAUUAGGAUAAUUUCAAUUUUACUUUGUGUCCCAAUAUCAUAUGACAACCUUUUAACGACCAUUUCGAUUUUUUAAUUCGAUAUGACUGCCGAUAUCACCUCGCCGCCACAUUUACCGCCGUCUCCUGUUAGGUAUUUCGAUCACUUCACGCACGACUUCACGAUAAUACGAGUAUAUAAUAUCCAUUGUAUUAGAGAUUUCCGCUUGGCCUCACUGCCAUAAUACUGUGCCUUCGCUACAUAAAAGGUUUUUUCAAUAACCAUAUUACAUAAUAAUUUAUAAUCGGUAUUGUUGUUUAGUAUUUUAUAUAUGCAUUUUAUUCUAAUGUAAAUUUUACUCAAAUUUUUCGU